GAGGAAUCUGCCGCAUCCGCCUCUGCCUGCUCUGCCGUUGCUGCCGCCGCAGUCGAAGAUGGCGUCCCGUAAAAAUGGAGUUGACUCCGAAAUGGCCCUUCUUAGCGAAGAACAGCUGGAUGGGAGGCUGUCGCCGGAUCUAUGGCCCGAACCGAUGCCCGGAGUAAUGGAAUUUGCUGCGCUCCUUUCGCCUGCAUAUACAAGGAGCACCAAACCAAAGUGGGCUCUGGAUGAAGACGGUAUGGUCAUGCUACAAGAGCUUGGCAGCUUGACUGCCGCAGCACUGCUUGAAAAAGUGAAAGACCUGCAAAACCUUGCAUACAAGCUGGGCAUUGAGGAAUCUCGUGAAAUGACAAGAGGCCGCUUCCUAGACAUUCUUCGCAAGGAUAAAGAAGAGGAACAAGAGACGCUGGUGUGCAACGAGGACGACAAGUGUUUGGAAUGGCGGUUGUGCAUUGCAUAAGAGUGCCCUGUUGCAAGACACUGUCGGGAUCUGGAGCAGUGCAACCAGAGGACACCAUUAGGCGUAGUGCCUUUUGCCUGUACAAAUGGUUCAUCUAGCCAUUAACAUCCAUCAAUGAGGUUAACUUUACACACCAGGCGUCGAUACUAAUUGUGUAUUAAGUUGACAAGUUGCUAAAUUUGACUGUAGCCCUAUAAAGUUUAUCUUUAAAUGUAACUUAUCGCCAUUUCAUAUCAAGUGAUACAUGUGCUGUGUUUUCAUUGUUCAGCAAAGCAAAUAAUGUGACAUGUGCACACAUGUUUCGUUGUACUCAAUUGUGACUCGGCACAGCUGCCUGGUGGUUAUGGUCUUGUUUCGAUCCUGGCUUCACUGAACCUGGCCACUUUUUGAAAAGUUAAAUGCUCAAAAAAUUACAUAUGUAGAUUUCGGUGUGCAUUAAAGCGUCUCUUAUGUUCAGUGUUGGUUACCAUAUGUCAUUCAGCAGGAAUCAUGCCGGCAAUGUACUGAAUGGCUGAAUGCCC